UCAGUUUGCAGUGAGCCGCCUCUCAGAGCGGACGUAUACAGAAAAGCACGCUCCACUAGCAGCGCUUUUAUCCGCUCUAACUUUUGUAUACUCUCUCUCUACUGCUCUAGAACGAUAUUUACUUUUUUCGACAACAUUGCUCGAAGCCCAAGUGCAAAGGACUUGCAGCUUUUACCGAGGACUACUACUAUUGGUACUUCGCUACUCCUGUGCUUUUGAAACUUUGUGAAUUGUGCUAAUUAUAGUGCGCUGCGGUCUCGACUCGAUUCAAGAGACUCGACUUGCGGUGAUAACAAUACGUUUAUGAUUCAGGAAAAAAUCCAUUGAACAGUGUGAAAAACCGAUUGACCGAUUUUCGUUGGUCGAUAAUCGUACAUUUUCAGCGAUCGAUACCAAUCCGUCACGACAACGACUUGUGUGCGUGCAAAAAAUAUCAACAUUGUGCUAAAUUUGAAAAUUUUCAAAAGUGACCUAUCGAGUGAGCUGCAAAAGUGGAUCGUAAAAUUUUGCCGGCUUCCACUUUCGCACGAGAAACAUACGAUAUUGAUGCUUUGAGAAAAAAAAUUAUGGUAGCUGACUUUAUCGCACGACAGAGUAGAUCGCCCAUCAAUGGUGAGACCGCCUGUCUGAACAGCAACGCGAUGCCUUCCAGCCACUCAAUGGCCCACAAUGGUCACGCCGACAGUCACGGACCCAUGAGCCAGAUGAACCACUCCGGACACCACAACGGACCCCUUGCUAUGCACCAGCAGCAGCAGCAACAACAGCAGCAGCAGCAACAGCAGCAGCAACAGCAACAGCUUCACCACCCACAGCCCCAGCACAUGCAAUUGCCGCAGCAGCAUCCAGUCCAGCAGCAGCAGCUACACCAACAGCAGGACUCGAAUCACUCGAAUCACUCGAGCCACUCGAACCAGUCCGAGAGCGAGUACUCGUACGAGAUGCGCAAGGACGCGGCCCUCUUUUCACAGCGCAAGCAGCGCGAGUUCAUUCCCGACAACAAAAAGGACGACAGCUACUGGGACAGACGCCGGCGCAACAACGAAGCCGCCAAACGCAGCCGCGAGAAGCGCCGCUACAACGACAUGGUGCUCGAGCAGCGAGUCAUCGAGCUCACGAAAGAGAACCACAUCCUCAAGGCUCAGCUGGACGCCCUCACGACCAAGUACGGCAUCUAUCCCGAGAUCAUCCCGGAGCAGGUGUUGGCCAACAUCCCGGCCGAGCCGACGCUCGUCAAACGGGCGAAGCUCCAGAGCACGACCUCGGCUCUGCUGUUCUCCACGAGAACCCCCAGUCCGGUACACACCUCGGUCAUCCAUCAGCCCGUCAGCGGAACCCGCUCGCCGAGAUCGCCCGCUCAGAUCUACCCGCCCGAGACGAGCGCCUACCCGGAGCCGGAGGGCUUCAGCAAAUUCCACACCUUCCCGCAUCCGGCCAUAGCCGCUCAGUUCGAGACAUCGAGCGCGCUCAACUUGAGCCGCGGUCGUCGCGCCCAGUCGCCCUUCGACGUGUCCAGCGGCAGCGGCGACGAGGGCAUCCAAAUGGCCAGUUCGCCGACAAAUCUCAGCAACGGCGUCAACAACAACGGCCCAAGCAAUAACUUACCGCACAAACUGAGGCACAAGUCGCGCAUCGGCGACAAGGAGGCAGCCGGUGCUCUCCUCUCUCUGCACGGAAUUCAAAGCAUCGCCGGCAUCAAGCAGGAGCCCGGUCCACGCGCCUCGCCUCCGUGGGACGAGGGUUCCAGCGACGAGCGCGACUCCGGCAUUUCUCUGGGAGUCGAGUGGGCACCUUCGACCGUGGCGCCCGUCGCCUCGCCCGCGGGAUCCGACCCGGUCGAUCAAGUCGUCCGAAGCCAGCUGGCGCGCCUCCAGAACGAGGUCGACACUCUCAAAUCGCUCGUGGCCGAGAAGGACAAGAACAAACUGGCGGCGGCGGUGGCCAAGAGCGGAGCCAAUUUCGCAGUUACUGCCGCGCAAUGAGCUCUGAUUUGCGUUUCGGCAAAACAAAAGAAUUAUCCAGAACCACGUCGAGAUAGACUGGCUUCUGGGCUGAUUCGUGUUCCAUGAUUUCGACCUUUUCUUGCACGAGACUAUCUCUAAGAUCCGGAUGCAGCAACAGAGCAGCGCCUUGUUGUGUGGCCUUGUGAGAAAAAUAUUUGCGACCAUUUUUCUUGAAAAGGGGACCGAGCAACGAUUAUUUCGCUCCGAAAUCCAGCUCGGGCCAGAUAGCAAGAGAGAAAAAGUUCGCGAAAACAGAACGAAAUUCUGGGACAUAAAUGUUACACUGUGAUAAGGAUUCCGACGCCUCAGCGCCUCUGGACUAUUAAUUUUUUUUUUUCGUUUUUCGUAUACACGUAGAUAACUUACUUUUAAGGAUAAAUGUCUGUUUGCUAUUACAUUUAACGAUAUAAGUCUUGCACCAAGUAUAAAGACAGUUUUUCAUUAUCUUUCAUCGAGCUUAUACGUUUUUAAGCACUAUCCUGGCCUGCGUACUGGGGACUUAUUACAUUCAUUAUACGUUAAACAUAUAGCGACAUUGAUGAGAAUAAGAUCCUUUUUCAAUUUAUUUGAAAAUCAUUGAAUGUGCAUGAACAAGUAUUAUUCGUACAUUGGCGAAUAAAUAAACAAGCAUGAAUCACUUGUAUAUUUUUGUGUAUUUUUGAGUAUACGCCACCGACGCAAGGAGUAUGCUAAAUAUUGUAAAUAACUAUAUCUAUCUCAUACAGAAAUUAUCGGAAUGAUUUUUGAAUGAAAGUGUGCCGUAUGCUUUGAGAAAUUUAUUUAUAAAUAUAAAAUCGUAACUAGUUGUACUUUGUCUUAUUUAGCUGUCAUUUAAUAAUUAAUAUUCUCUUCAUUUAUUUGUAUUAAAUAUCGAUGGGAAUUCAUGUUAAAUUGUAAAAUUAUUAUUAUACACGUAAGCUAUUCUUACGAACUUCUGUACAAACUUGGAAAGUUCGUUCAUACGGUUCAGAACAGAAAAAUUGCGAACGUUGCUUUGGCAGCACUGAGCUGUAGGUUUUAAUUCGCCCAACCGGCUCUCAUCACCGCCACUUAAUAAGCCUUUUUAAAAAAAAUGAGUAAGACCAGUCAUCCAGACCGAAUCUGGAUAUUCUGAUUCAAUCAAGAAUGGGUUUAUCAACUGGCAUAAUUCGAUUUUACACCUUUUUAUACGUGUUAAUAUUCAUCUGUAAUUGUAUUUUAUUUGUACCAUCAUCACACAUCACUUUGUAAAUUGUUUAUCAUUCGCAUCACAUUGACUGAUAAAAAUCUUAAAAUUAGAAAAAAAUUAAUUUAAUUAUUAUUAUCGUCGUACCUUAUCUUUUUGCGAGUAUGGAAAUAUAUGUAUGCAAGUUCAACUAAUGACACAUCGAAAACAAAGAAAACGAUCAGGAGGUGCCUUUGCAAUGGUUUCAGAAAACUUUAUUAUUCCAAAUUAAAAAAAAAAGAAAUAUUUUUAACCAAAUUAAAGAAAUGAAUAGGUCGAAACGAUACUUGUGUUAUACAUGUGAUAUUGGCGUAAAAUGAAGUCUUAUAACAAACAUAUAUAUGUGAAAAUUAAAUAAUAAUAAUAAGGCACGAGUUGUAUGAAAACGUGUGGAGUAUAAUCAAUUAUUUAUAAAAUUAUUUGUGUAUAUUUAAUGAUAGGAGAGAGUGUCUGUGUCGACAGUAAGGGAUGUUCUUCGUUCAAUUUUUCAUCAAUGCAAAAGUAUUAAAAAAAUGUUUAUAAAAUCCAUCUAUUUCGACGAGAAGAUUGGAUGCUCAUUAAGCCCAGAUUUUUUGUAAAUAGAAUUAUAAAUGUGUAAAUAAGGUUUAUUGAGUUUUCAAUUUUCAUAGUCAAAAUAAACUUCAGAUUUAUCAUAUACAUGAUCGCCCUUACUGAGCCUAACACAAGACUGUUUAUAUUACAAUUCAGCGUUACAACAACGAUAGAAGUAUCUGUAAUAGAUUCUUUUUUUUGAUUGUUUUCAUUUUUUACCUAAAAAGUUUGCUCGCAAUGUACAUAAAAAAUUUUACGAUUGUAUUGCAUAAAGUUUAUCUUUCGUAUUAAUUAUAAAUAUAAUAGUCAAAAAUGCCUGGAUGAAUAAAAGUUAUUGAUUAAUUUGAAAAAGUAUAUAUUUUAUUGAAACUUCACGUGUCGUUUUUGCUUAUGAUUCAUUCCGCAAAUCUUAUUGAGCGAUAAUGGAGAUACUAAAAAAAUUAGGAUGCGUUUGUGCAAAUGUUAUAACAAUGUAAUUGACUAUUUGUAAGUAUCGACUGGAAUAAAUGUGACCAGCAAUAAAUAAUCUCUUUCUUUUACUUUUAAA